CGCUUCGCCUGGGAAGCCUGACGUCACUUCGCCGCGGGGGGUUUGCUGUUUUUUUGGGUUGGUUUGGUGCGUGCCUGCGGAGGAAAGGCUCGGCUCCAGCUUUUCCGCCCGGAAGGAAGGGCACAACUCGGAGUCCGCAAUCUCGGAGACCCCGCGCCACACAGGAGAUCAAGGCGGAUCAUUAUCAGAGUCCACACUGCCAUCCAAUCCCUUUCAGUUUGGCCUUGGGGCAACUUUGUGGAAAAGGCCUGCAAGCGGAGAAGAUUGCGGAAGGAGAAGUCGGGAAGGAGGAGGAGGAGAACUUUUCUUGGCGGCUCGGCAUGCAGGGCAACGCCGCCCGCGCCGUGCUCCUCGCGCUCGCCCUCCAGCUCUGCUCCGCCGAGACCGAGGCGCCCGCGGGAGGAGGAGGAGGAGGAGGAGGAGGAGGAGGAGCAGCUGGCUGUACAUUUGAAGAAGAUGAGGAUUUGACUAAUUGUGAAUACACCCAAAGUGCGGAGGACGAGUUUGAAUGGGAGCUGAUCCAGAGUCACCUUCUGCCUCAUCUGACUUCUGAUCUUCCUCAUGGCUCCUAUCUGAUGGUCAACUCUUCCCAGCAUGCUCAAGGGCAGAAAGCGCAGAUCCUCUUCCAGGCGCUGAGCGAGAAUGACACCCAUUGCCUCCAGUUCAGCUACUUCAUGUACAGCCGUGACGGCCAUAGCCCUGGGACACUGAAUGUCUAUGUGAAGGUGAAUGGGGGUCCUCUGGGCAGUGUGGUCUGGAAUGCCUCUGGAUCCCAUGGGCGUCAGUGGCACCAAGUGGAGCUGGCUGUGAGCAUGUUUUGGCCCAAUGAGUACCAGGUGCUGUUUGAGGCUGUGAUUUCCAGUGAACGCCGAGGCUACAUAGGAAUGGAUGACAUUCUGCUCUUGAAUUAUCCCUGCUCCAAAGCUCCUCAUUUUUCCCGCCUGGCCGAUGUGGAGGUGAAUGCUGGGCAGAAUGCCUCGUUUCACUGUGUUGCUGCUGGCAAAGCUUCCGAAGCAGAGAAGUUCCUCAUGCAGCAGAGGCAGGAUGGAGAGACCGUCCUUGCUGCUUCAGUGAAACACAUCAGCCAUCGGAGAUUCAUGGCUACCUUUCAGCUGGAGAAAGUUUCCAAGGGAGACCAGGAUUUCUAUCGCUGUGUCACGCAGUCCAGCAGGGGGUCUGGUGUUUCCAACUUUGCAGAACUGAUUGUGAAAGAGCCCCCCACACCCAUUGCCCCACCACAGCUACUGAGAGCAGGCUCGACAUACCUGAUCAUUCAGCUCAACACCAACUCCAUCACUGGGGAUGGCCCUAUCGUAAGGAAAGAAAUUGAGUACCGCAUGACCUCUGGACCGUGGUCAGAAGUCCAUGCUGUCAAUAUGCAGACGUACAAGUUAUGGCACCUGGAUCCUGACACGGAAUACGAAAUCAGCGUCCUGCUCACUCGACCAGGGGAAGGAGGCAUGGGCAAAGCAGGGCCUCCUCUCAUCAGCAGGACAAAAUGUGCAGAACCCAUGAGGGCCCCACAAGGACUUGCCUUUGCUGAGAUCCAGUCCAGGCAGCUGACACUUCAGUGGGAGCCUCUGGGCUACAACUUGACCCGCUGCCACACGUUCACAGUCACCCUCUGCUAUCACUAUGCAUCAAGCGCCAGCCACAACCAGACGCUGCGGGAAUGUGUGAAGGUGGAGCGCGGUGCCCACCACUACACCAUCAAGGAUCUCCUGCCUUACAAAAAUGUCCAUGUCAAGCUCAUCCUCUUGAACCCCGAGGGGCGGAAGGAAAGCAAAGAGAUGACAUUCCAGACCAGUGAAGACUUCCCUGGAGGCAUUGCUACAGAAUCCCUCAUCUUCACUUUGCUGGAAGAUAUGAUUUUCUUGAAAUGGGAGGAACCAGCGGAGCCCAAUGGUAUCAUCACUCAGUAUGAGAUCAGCUACCAGAGCAUUGAAUCUUCUGACCCUGCCAUCAAUGUGCCUGGCCCUCGGCGCACUGUCUCCAAGCUCCGAAACGAAACCUACCAUGUCUUCUCCAACCUGCAUCCUGGCACGACUUACCUGUUCUCAGUGAGGGCACGAAAUGGCAAGGGCUUUGGCCAAACGGCGAUGACUGAGAUCACCACCAACAUCUCAGCUCCCAGUUUCCAUUACGGAGACCUGCCUUCCCCACUUGAAGAAUCCGAGAGCACCAUCACCGUUCUGUUGAAGCCGGCCCAAGGCAGAGGCGCCCCAAUCAGCACAUACCAAGUCAUUGUGGAAGAAGACCGGCCCAAGAAGAUCAAGCGGGAAGUGGGUGGCCCAGAGUGCUUCCCGGUGCCACUCACCUUCUCCGAUGCUUUGGCUCGUGGCUCCAUCCACUACUUUGGAGCAGAACUUCCGCCCAGUAGCCUCCCAGAUGCCAAACCUUUCACUGUCGGUGACAACCAAACCUACAGCGGUUAUUGGAAUCCACCUCUGGAGCCCAAGAAGGCCUAUCUGAUCCAUCUCCAGGCAAUGAGCAUUCUCAAAGGCGAAACAAGGCUGAAUUGUAUCCGGAUAGCCCGGAAAGCUGCAUGCAAAGAGAGCAAGCGUCCACCCCUGGAAGUGUCACAGCAGUCUGAGGAGAUGGGCCUCAUCCUGGGCAUUUGUGCUGGAGGCCUCCUGGCACUGAUCAUCCUCUUGGGCGCAAUCAUUGUUGUCAUUCAGAAAGGGAGGAACUACUCUUCCUGUUACCCGAAACCAGUCAAUAUGGGCAAAGCUACAAUCAACUACCACAGUGAGAAGACACACAUGAUGAGUGCGAACGAGAGGAGCUUUACAGAUCAGAGUACCCUGCAAGAAGAUGAACGGCUGGGCUUGUCCUUCAUGGAUGCACACAAGUACAGCCACAGAGGUGAGCAGCACAAUAGUGUCGUCAAUGAGUCAAGCAGCUUGUUAGGAGGCUCCCCUCGAAGGCGCAAAGGCUCUCCCUACCACACUGGGCAGCUCCACCCUGCUGUCCGAGUGGCCGACCUCCUCCAGCACAUCAACCAGAUGAAGACUGCAGAAGGCUAUGGUUUCAAGCAGGAAUAUGAGAGUUUCUUUGACUGUUGGGAUGCCUCAAAGAAGAAAGACAAGACCAAGGGGAGGCAGGAUCACGGGCCAACCUAUGACCGACACCGAGUGAAGCUGCACCCACUUCUUGGCGAUCCUCACUCAGACUAUAUCAAUGCCAACUACAUUGACAUUCGGAUAAACCGAGAAGGUUAUCACAGAUCUAACCACUUCAUAGCAACACAAGGCCCCAAACAGGAGAUGGUUUAUGAUUUUUGGAGGAUGGUAUGGCAAGAGCACUGUUGUAGCAUCGUAAUGAUAACAAAGCUGGUGGAAGUGGGAAGGGUAAAGUGCUCCAAAUACUGGCCAGAUGACUCAGAGGUGUACGGAGACAUUAAAAUUGUCCAGGAGACGUCAGAAACACUGGCAGAAUAUGUUGUGAGGACAUUCACUCUGGAGCGGAGGGGCUACUCAGCAAGGCAUGAAGUCAAGCAGUUUCACUUCACAUCCUGGCCUGAACACGGGGUGCCUUACCAUGCGACGGGGCUCCUGGCAUUCAUUCGCAGGGUGAAGGCUUCUACGCCUCCUGAUGCAGGACCUAUUGUUAUUCAUUGCAGUGCUGGGACUGGGAGGACAGGCUGCUACAUUGUUCUGGAUGUGAUGCUGGAUAUGGCCGAAUGUGAGGGCGUUGUGGAUAUUUACAAUUGCGUGAAGACGCUGUGCUCAAGGAGAAUCAACAUGAUUCAGACUGAGGAGCAAUAUGUCUUCAUCCAUGAUGCAAUCUUGGAGGCUUGCCUGUGUGGAGAAACCAGUAUCCCUAUUGGUGAAUUCAGAUCCACAUUCAAAGAAAUGGUUAGGAUAGAUCCACAGAGCAACUCGUCACAGCUGAGGGAAGAGUUCCAGCAGACUCUGAAUUCUGUCACUCCCCACCUGGAUAUGGAGGAGUACAGCAUCGCCCUUUUGCCACGCAACCGGGAAAAGAAUCGCAGCAUGGAUGCACUGCCUCCUGACCGGUGCCUCCCCUUCUUAAUCUCUAUGGAUGGAGAAAGCAACAAUUACAUCAAUGCAGCCUUAACUGAUAGCUACACAAAGAGUUCUGCCUUCAUUGUGACCUUGCACCCACUUCAAAGCACCACCACAGACUUCUGGAGGCUGGUGUAUGACUAUGGCUGCACCUCCAUCGUGAUGCUCAACCAGCUCAACCAGUCCAAUUCGGCUUGGCCUUGUGUCCAGUAUUGGCCUGAGUCAGGACUGGAGCAGUACGGACCAAUGGAAGUGGAGUACAUCUCUAGAGCAGUUGAUGAAGAUGUUAUUACUCGUCUUUUCCGAGUACAAAACAUAACACGGUUACAGGAAGGCCAUCUGAUGAUCCGACAUUUUCAGUAUCUGCGGUGGUCUGCCUACCGAGAGACUCCUGACUCUAAGGAAUCAUUCCUGCAUUUAUUAGCCCAGGUGGAGAAAUGGCAAGAGAAGAGUGGUGGCGGAAGGACAAUUGUGCAUUGCUUGAAUGGGGGCGGUCGUAGCGGCACUUUCUGUGCUUGCACCAUGAUCCUCGAAAUGAUCAAGUGCCACAAACUGGUGGAUGUUUUCUUUUCUGCAAAGAUCCUGCGAAACUACAAGCCAAAUAUGGUUGAGACUUUUGAACAGUACCACUUCUGCUAUGAGAUCGCCUUGGAAUAUCUGGAGUCCUUGGAGACAAGAUAGCAAUUCCCUGAGAACACAGAAGAAGGCCAUGCAUUUGUUUCAAAGUUUGGGGUCAAUAUGCCUCCCCCCCCCCCCAGAUGUUUGCAUAUGAUCAAGGGGAAGGGGAAAAACAGAACAAAGAAGAGAAGAAAGGGGAAAGAAUGGAAAACCCCAAAGCAAGGCAUUGGGCAUGUCAGCCAUCCCUUCCCUACGUUUUUCCCUAGCCUCCUUUGCUCUCCAAAACCUACACAAACUCAUCCCAAAUACAUCUUGGCAUGUAUCUGCCAGCCAGGAGUUUGGUAUUUGUAUGUUUUUGUGUACCUACGGGCACUGGUGUGCGGAAAGAGCAUCAAGCUCCUUGCGAUAUACCAGCCACAGUCUGAAAUGGAGCCAUUCGUGGACUAAAGAACAUGAGCAGAAAAACCAAGAUCUUUUCAAGUGAUUGACCGGAGAAGUGGGUCUUUUAGUGUUUGAAAAGUGAAGAAGCUUUAUGAAGAGAGAGACUCUACGGACUUCACAGUCUUCUUCAUUUGGGAAAUGAUAUGAACUAGAACCACAGAAUGGGUCUUGUACAGUUCUCUCUCUAUAUACAUGUCUAUCCAUAUGUUUCCUGAUUCUAGACUUAAUGUCUACCUCUCAAGAGAAUUUCUGAUUUUUUUGCCUAUCCAAGCCUUGGCAGGAACUGUGCCAGUUGCUCCCACUAACACUGAUGCAAUCCUGGCAGUCGCCUAAUAGCUAGAAAGCAUGCUUGCCGAAAGGGGUAUUACAAAUCAGAUUUUACUAGAAA